AUGUUUGUAGCUCAGUUCACUUCUCGGGAAUGUAUUGUGAAACAAUCUAGACAACUGUUAUGGUUGGUGGGCCGAAGACGGUCGUCGAGAGCGCCUCCGCGCGGUGCCUUCACCGUCCGCCGCAAGAGGGCGCCGCCUCCGCCUUCUCUGGCGCGGCGCGGCGCCGCAGGUAGGCGCUGGCGCGAGCGAGCGGGCGCGGCGCGGCGCUGCACGGCGCGGGAAGACGGCGGCGGCGGCGGGAGAGCCCACGUGACCGGCACGGCGGCGGCGAGCGCGCGCUCGCCUCAGUAUCAGCGGCGACGGCAGCCGGGCAGGCCAGGUAGCCCGCCCCGCGCUCUCACGUGCGCCUUCGCCUUCGGGAGUGAGAGAGAGAGCGAGCCAGCGAGCCAGCCCACGACCGCUCCGACGAGGACGACGCGGCGGCGGCGGAGGCGGCCCGCGCGCUACUUCCACGCCGCAAGAGGAGCUCCGUGCGGCGGCGGGUCCGGGCCGGCACAGCCCCUCAGUAGCAUCUCGACGUCCGGGGAGCACGUCGUCAAGAUCCGCAUCAACCCCGACGGCCCCAGCGCCGGCAGCAUCCGCAUCAGCGUCGGCAGCCAGGACUCGACGGUGGAGGACAUGGUGCGUCGGCCUGCGGACGCCUUCCUCAAGCAGCCCGAGCGCAACAACCCCUACUUCUUCUGCAGCUCCUUCCCCACGUCGGGGAUGGUCAUUUCCAGCGGGCAGUCGUCCCCGAGCGACACCCUGGACAGCGGCACUUGCUCCGAUCUGGACGGCAGCACGCCGCCCCCGCUGCCCAAGAAGAACGGCGUGUCGGCGGCGGCGGCAGCGGCCGCGGCGGCCACCGUCACCGUCACCGUCAACGGCAGCCACCCGCAGCACCGGCGCACCGCCAGCCUCACCAGCAGCGGCAACGACGCCGACAGCGACGAGGACGCGGGCAGCAACAUCAGUUGCGACUCGCUCAACAGCCACGAGCUCAACGGAGGCGGCGAGCUCGAUGACUCCACGCACUACGCCUUCUCCAAGAUCGGGCUCAGCAACGGCCACCACAAGCACAGCGAGACUAUCAUGGAGAGCAUCCAGGAGGAAAAAAUUAUUUCUCCUCCGUCGCCGACCCUCAAGAGCGUCGCGUUGACGGUGCGCGCUAACAAUCUUGUAAAUAACCCAAUGACCGCUGCGGUGGCUCCGCUGGUCGCCGCCACGGCCGCUACGGUCACCGCCAACAACACCAGCGCGCACAUGUCCAACAACUCGUUCAGCGCCUCCAACAAUUCUUUCAGCGUCUCCAACAAUUCUUUCGGCACUUCCAACAGUUCUUUCGGCGCUUCCAACAAUUCUUUCGGCACUUCAAGCAGCUCCUUCGGUGCUUCAGACCGCUCUUUCGGCGUAUCCGACAACGCCGUCAGCGCCAUCGUCAAUGGCGCUGCGACCAACGUCGUCACCUUCAACGGGCCGCUCGUCAACUCACCCGCCAGCGCCGUCGGCGGCGUGCCGAAACCGCCGCCUCCGAAAACCCCGGCGAAACCCGCAAAGGCCAUCCCGUCGCCUCCGACACCCCCGAAAACACCCUCCAGCCCCACCGGCCAGAAGACCUUCCUGCCUCAAGGUCUCCUCCAAGACAUCCGCGACCGCACCGCCACGCUCAACGGCGUGUCCUCCACCCCGCCCGCGACCCCGGGCACUCGCAAGCUGCGCACGUGGGGCGAGAUCACCCCACCGAAAACCCCGGAGCCGGCCAGCCCCGAGCCGAAAGAGUACCCGAAGAACCAAUCGUCCUUGUACCGCAUCCUGCAAACCACCCCUUCAGAACCCGACUCGCCCAAAACGUCCGCCAGCGGCGGGAUCGUCAAAGAACGUACGUACGAGGAACGCACUCGCGAGAUCACCGCCGAAGCCCAGAACGCUGCCGCCGCCGCCGAAGCGUCCCGCGCGCGCAUCGGCUCCUACAAGUACGAAGAAGACCGCUACUACCAGUUCCACCUGAACGAGCGCGAGCCGGAGCCCGAGGACCCGAAGGCCGUGCGCGCCACCGACGAGGAGGACGAGGAGACGUUCGCAGGGCUGAAGGACAUCAUGGGCAACAAGGAGGGCAGCGCCACCAUCCGCAGCGCCAAGGGCACCGUGCGCGGAGUCAAGAACCGCGUGCGCGCGGGCAUCGCCACCUUCCUGCACUACCCCGACACUAAGAAUUACAAGGAAAAAGAAGCUGGAAAAGUGGUGUUAUAUGUUACCACCAUGGGCAUCGUGAGGCAUACCUUUCAAGAGUGCCUCAAGGUGAAGAAGAUACUGCGGACAUUACUGCCCUGAUGUUUGCAACACUUGUCAAGUAUGUGGAGGUUUCCGCUUACUGCCAUGUUCCAUCUGCAAUGGCAGCAAGAAGUCAAUGCAUCGUAAUGAUUUCACUGCUGAGUUUGUAGCCCUGAAAUGCAUGAGCUGCGAUGAAGUGGGCCUCGUGAAAUGUCACGCAUGCUAAGGACAUAAUGUUUGAAUGAUGCUGACAAAGUGUCUCGACAUAAAAAUGAGCUGAAGCUUCCUACAUGGUGCCAAUUGGGUUAGCAUUAUACAGUUUUAGGUAUAUGUGUGUGAUAACAUAUAUUUAUAGAUGUUUCAAAAAGUUGUGUAUUGGUCUUUUAAGUCAUAAGAUCAAUCAGUACUCUCGUAUUAGUACUGUUCCAUAGGGAAUCAAAUGGAUUCACUCCAUAAUGGACUUGCAUUUAAAGCAACCAAUUAAGAACUGAGGAACCUCAACCAGAUAGACUGUGUAACAUUUUUUACUCUAUUAAAAUGGACACUGAAACAGAGUGAAAGAAAACAUGAAGUUGUCCUUGUGCAAUUUUGCUUACACAGCAAUGUUUCGUUUAUGUGAAUUGUGUUGUUAGAUCAUGUUUUAGCUGUGUGAAAAUAAAUAAGUGCAGUUGCUAAUACAAAAGAUUCUGCUAAUUUAAUUUUCAACGUAAAACCAAUGCUUCCAUCAUAGAGGUUUUUAAAGAACCAUUGCUUGCACUUCUUUUAAUUUUUUACUUUUAUAUUUUGUAGAAAGAAUGUUAGGGUCAAGUUGUUUGCAUGUCAUUACAAACAACAGUUUUGACUGACUGUCUUUAAAAGGUAAGGAUAAAAUUUGUGAUAUUAACAGAACUGAGAUUUUAUUUUGGAGAUUUGAUGAUGAAACCUACAUCAUUUUGCAAUAUGAUGAGGGGUUAUCCGUCCCUCACAUUCAUACAGGAUAUGGGAGUAGUAUAUAUGUUUCAGUAGAGCUAAUUACAAGAAUGUCUGUUGUGAAUUUCCUGACAAAAAGGAAAUUUUAAAGAAAGUCUCAAUGUGAAUGUAUUUCAGUAAUUGUGAAUGAACUGCAAAGAAUUCAAAUCUUUUAUUAUUAAAUAUUUAAUCAUUUGACUCACUAUUUUAUAGAUGAGUCAAUGCUUUUAAAACUUAAUAUAAAAGCUGAAUUAAAAAAAUUGAAUUUUAAUAUGAUUUUAGGGGAUGAGCUUGUUACUUUUCAAAUCUCAGAGGAUAAAUGAGAAUGAUGGAAUUAUUAAAAUGAAAGUUGCUGUUUAAAAAUAUGUGCCUAAAUUCCUUUCUGAAGGACUUCCUUGAUAAUAACUUUAAAGUAGUUACAAAUGAUCUACGAGAUAUUUUGUUACUAAUAUUUGGAUCAAUAAGUUAGUAACAUUACUAUUAUGUUAUACUCUUAAUGAUUGUAUAGUCGCCUUUAGCUAAAAACAAAUUUUAAAAAACAGUGAAACUAUAACUGUUAAGUACUUUUUUUAAGACCUAGACAACUACAUUAAUUUGAGACCAGUAACAUCUGCUCAUUUUAAAUGCAAGAUAUUACAAUGGAGCUUUUAAUAUAUUGUUCUGAAAGAGGCAUACUUUUCAUAGAUAUUUACCUUUUUAUACAUCUUAGGUUAAUUGUUCUUUUAAUAUAAUUGUUUGUAUUUAUGUAAAUAAGAGAGUGCUCAUAGCUUAAGCUCAAAUAUAAAACAUACUGCUGUAACUGCAUAAGUGCUUAUUUCAAUAAAUAUUUAUGUU